AUGCCUACCUGUGGUGAAGUUCUUGAAGACAUUGAGGACAUGGUGUCCUCAACUGACCUGACUCCUGAGGAGCGCUUUGGGUCCAGGAAGAAUGUUGUUCCUCGGGUGAGGAAGAAGCACAAGGAUCCAGAGACGUUAGAUCCAGAGUGUGACAGUGUUAUCCCAGGAACACAGAGCAUCUAUGUGAAGACGUGGGGCUGCUCACAUAACAACUCAGACGGGGAGUACAUGGCAGGGCAGCUGGCAGCUUAUGGGUACACAAUCACAGACACCCCUGAUGCUGCAGACUUGUGGCUGUUGAACAGCUGUACAGUAAAGAACCCUGCUGAGGACCACUUCAGGAACACCAUCACCAGGGCACACAGGGAGGCCAAGAAGGUUGUAGUGGCUGGCUGUGUUCCUCAGGGCCAACCAAAAGCAAAAUAUCUUAAAGGACUCAGUGUCAUUGGGGUCCAACAGAUAGACAGAGUGGUAGAAGUGGUGGAAGAAACCUUGAAAGGACACAGUGUGAGGCUGUUUGGGCAGAAAAAGAAUCUUGGGAAGAAACUGGGUGGUGCCAAACUGGACCUUCCCAAAAUUAGGAAAAACCCUCUUAUAGAGAUCAUCGCUAUCAACACAGGUUGCCUGAACCAGUGCACCUACUGCAAGACCAAGCACGCUCGUGGGGAGCUGGGCAGUUAUCCACCAGAAGAAAUUGUCUCCAGGGCUAGACAGUCAUUUGAAGAGGGAGUAGUGGAGAUCUGGUUGACCAGUGAAGACACGGGAGCUUAUGGGAAGGACAUCGGUGUGACGUUACCUGAGCUACUGUGGAGGCUGGUGGAGGUCAUACCUGAGGGGUGCAUGUUACGUGUGGGCAUGACCAACCCACCGUACAUACUGGAACAUCUAGAGGAGAUGGCAAAGAUCCUGAGGCACCCCCAAGUGUAUGCGUUCCUGCAUGUCCCUGUCCAGGCUGCAUCAGACAGUGUUCUGAUGGACAUGAGGAGGGAGUACUGUCUGGCAGACUUCAAACAAGUCGUCAACUUCCUCAAGGAGAGAGUUCCCAAUGUUACCAUAGCAACUGAUGUCAUCUGUGGAUUUCCAACAGAAACUGCUGAGGAUUUUGAGGAGACCUUGCAGCUGGUUGAAGAGUACAAGUUUCCCAGUCUGUUUAUUAACCAGUUCUUCCCCCGACCUGGUACCCCAGCUGCCAGGAUGCAGAGGGUUGAUCCUCAGGAGGUCAAGAGGAGAACAAAAGCAAUAUCAGAGCUGUUUCAGAGCUACAGGCCGUAUGAUCACAAGGUUGGAGAAAUCCAGGAUGUUUUAGUGACAGAGGAAUCACAUGACAAGAAGUUUUAUGUAGCACACAACAAGUGCUAUGAUCAGGUCCUGGUGCCCAAAGAUGAAAAGUUACUGGGAAAGAUGGUUACCGUGGAGAUCACGUCAACAGGGAAGCACUACCUCAUGGGAAGGCUACUGUCAGGUCAGGUGACCAAGGUUGCCAUAGCAACCCCACUACCCAAGGGUACUGUGUCAGGUGUACAAGAUAACCUUCAGGAAACAACAGACAGCACAACAGUAACAGCACAACCCCCGCUGGCAUGGGUACAGCACCAGCUGUCCAGGAUAACUCCUGUUGGUAUGCCCCGAUGGAUGCAAGUGGCUGCUUUUGUUCUAGUUCUUGCCGUUGUUUUAGAUCUUUGUAGGAUUGUUUACAGAGUAAGUGCUAAAUUCUGAGAUGUGAGGAAGGAAUUGGUUGGUGUAGAUUAAUCAAACAGUCUUAAAUCUCAUGUAUGGAUGAAUGUGUACAUACACAUGUACACUGACCCUGAAUGUCAAUUGUGCAACAGGAAAAGAUCAGAAGCUCAGAAUUCAUUGCACUGUGGUUUCAAACAGGACUUGAUGGUUUCAACUUUUAAAAGAAUGCCAAACAAUUAUAUUACAGAAAUACUAUCAUGAUGUUGUAUCAUUAUUGAAUCAUGGCACAAACAACUUUUUGCUGGGGAUGAUUUUGAAUAGUCAAUGGUCCAUGCUCGCCUUCAUGUUUGAUCAUUC